UUUUGGGUCUUGUUUAAGUUGUAUAUCGUGUCUCAGAAUGCGUCGUACAUCUGUUGAUAAUAAUGUGAGACGACAACUCGCACAGGCGUGUUUUGGUUUGUAAAAAAAAUUGUUAUCGCAGGCAUGAAACUGUCGGAAUGUUUUGUUUGUUUAGUUGGUAGUUUUUUGUCUUGUUUAUUUGUUGUUGUAUUUUUCCCAUAUGUGUUUUACGCCCCCCCCCCCCCUAAAAAAUCGCAUCAAUACAGUUUCGAUCGUGUAAGAGGCCAGUUUAGAUCCUGCCUGUCAGGGCAAAAACGAGAUGAGAGAGAAACAACAUCCCGGCAGAAAGGCAAAGAUACUUGAUAAAAAGUGUUCCCCAUGCGGGAAUCGAACUCGGAUGUUCUGUUUACGAGAGCGAAGUGCCUAGCCACAGACACCGGUUGUCUGAAACAGUGUACGUCAUGACGUCAUGUCUGUGCACGGCGCCUUUCUAGCACAAAUUCCCCCUCUAAAGCAAUUUGUAAAGUGUCAGGGUUUUUUAUGAGGGGAGGGGGAGGAAAUCUUAUGUACGCUUCAAUCUUAUGUACGCGCCAUACUUCAUACUGCAAUAAAAUGUUGCUCUUUUCCCCCGUUAUUUUACUUCUCUAUUCAUUCAUUGGCUUUAUCUGAUUACGGAUGAUGAUGAUGAUGAUGAUGAUGAUAAUGAUGAUGAUGAUGAUGAUGAUGAUGAUGAUGAUGAUGAUGAUGAUGAUGAUGACGAUGAUAUAUUAAUUGACACUAAAUGUUCUUUUCGUCUAGGUCUUACUUAGUCUGAGGGUGACACAAACUGACCCAGCCUCUGCCAGUCUCAGCCACAGAUUCGAGACCGAAAACAGCAACAGACGGUGAUCGGAAACGGUCUCUCAAAAAAGUGAACACAAAUAUCUCCCCAGCGUGAGACUCUUCCCCUGCCACCCUCACAAUAAUGGCGGGAAACUUUAGUAACGGGACGGACCGGCACGCUUGGCUUGACGCGGUGGACUGGCGAGCCAUGGAAAUUAUCGGCUUCUUCUUCUACGGCAUCUACAUCGCGCUCGGAACCUUUCUCAACCUCGGCUUCCUCGCCGCCAUCUUGACCUCAUCAGAAAUGAGGUCAACGUUCCGAAACAAGAUGGUCUGCGGCAUCCUACUGGGGAACUUGUCAGACUCUGCCAUCGUCAUGCCGCUCUACAUAAUCGUUCACGUGCUACACCCGCUCAUGGGCCGCUCUGCCUGCAUUCUCUGGGACAUGUCGAAUCUCCUGGCGUACGUCCAGGACUUUGUGGGCAACUGGUCCGUCUGUAUAGCCAUCGCCUCCCUGGUGGCGUGCACGUACGAGUGGGACCCGUCUCUGAAGAUGUCACCGCUCGCUUUCAAGAUCGGACGAAUCGCUCUGCUGUUAUUUCCCUGGUUGCUUCCCAGCAUCUACAUCCCCGCUGUCAGCUACGGCUCCGUGAAAGACAACAGAUACUACUGCAUAAGUCAUAGCUUGAGGGGAAACGUGUUUUUCAAGGUGGUGGAUUCCGUAGUGCCCUUAGUGUCCAGCGCAAUCCUUCUAUGCCUCAUCGCGAUCGCGCGCAGAAGACGAGGGCUCGCCGGUGGCGUCAUGAAGACUGAGCUCAUCGGAGAGGGCAGCCCACAACAGGACAGUGUCCGGCCGUACGUUGGUGUUGUGGCGAUCGCUAUGGUGUGUGACUCUCUCUUCACCCUGCUGAUCUUAGUGUAUCGACAGAUCACAGACAUCCGAGCUUCGAUCAUUCUAGGAUUCGUCAGCCAUUUGCUUCGCGAUGCACGAGUCGUUGCCAUCCCCUCAGGUCUGCUCCUGUUCCCAGACAUCAAGGAUCGAGUCCAACAUUGGCGACCGUGGAGGAAACAGGCGGCGGGAAUUGACCUAACAAUCAACUACACGCGAUCCCAAGACGGUGAAUGAAAUGUCCUCAGGAACAAAAGAAAACACGAAUCAAACGUCGACAUGAACAAAUUAAAUGAAGCGCCAAUACGA